AUGGGGAUGGGUAUUCGACUUGCGCAGUCGCUCGACCUGCAGAAUCCUCUAGCAUCUCAUGUUGGUUCUAAAGAGGCUGAGAUCUGUGGUUGGUUGUGGUGGAUGUUGCUUCACCUCGACUUUCGCUGCUCGCGAUACCUUGGUAAACCUAUUAUUGUCCCCCUAAGAGACACUACACUUGCCAUCCCAAAAGAUAAUCCCUCCUCUGACCCAGCCUCUUCAGAGCUGGUCUUUCACUUCGCAACUAUCACGCUGACAGUCGUUGGCAAAAAGGUUGCCGAAUCCUUGACGGCUCGGCUCGAUACAAUUACUACCGACGAUUCCGUUGCACAAAUUGAACAUUCCGCUGAGCAUCUCACUGACGAGAUCACUAAUUUAUAUGAGUGGAAGAAUCGUAUCGUGAAAACAGAGCCAUUCAAAGACUUGGUGCUUGUCGGGAGCGUCAAUCGACCUCAAACACACACUGCCUCGGAAGGACUGAAACAUGACGAUAGACGGAUGUUACAUCAAUCACCCACUCGCAUCUUGCAACAAACACUUCUCGAGCUUCAAUUUCAUGAUCUGAUUAUUUGGUUUCACCGCCCGUUCAUACAAUUUCCUAGUCUUGGCCUAGUUCCUCAACGCAGCCCGGGGGCUGACAUUCAUGCGACAACAGCUCUUCGACAUGCUUUGAAAGCCAUAGAGAUUGUCCACCGGCGCAUGCUCAACCAUGAUGCCUUUAUGGGUGCUCCGAUGUCUGGGAGAAGCAAUUGGGGAACUCUCGACAGGCUGAGCGUCACCCAUGUCGACGGUUCACUUGAGCCUAGCGCACCACGAGAGAAGAUUAGCCUUGGGGAUGUGGUAGGGACGAGCUUUGAAAGGGAUGGCGAGGCGAGGCUGGAAGUGGAGGGCAUCCUAGAAAUGGAAUGGUAA